AUGGCAGUGCUAUCAGGUGAGCAAGACCACACUGGUCCAGGUGCUCCCCAUACUCUAGCUGUGAUCUCUGAUCGACUCUAUACCAUAGCAGUGCUAGACGGUGGCAGUACUCAAUGCCUCAUGAGCAAACGUUUAGCUGAGGCCCUAGGAUACUCCUUUCAAGGAACCAAAGUGAUUAAGCAUAAUAUGGCAGACAGAAGCAGUGCAAAAACGGUGGGCACAGCCCGCGACGUCAAGAUUGCUGUCAAGUAUAAAGCGAUCGUCGUCAGUGCCGAUGUCUAUGACCAAGAGAGCUAUGACUUUUUGAUUGGCCGUAGAGCCAUGCAUCGACUGCAAAUCAACACUAGUUGGGUCGAAUAUGGCUAG